GAAAGCGUUAACAACGUUCAACGGAUACUAAUAUUAUAUAGAAAUAAUACCAGAAAGAUAUAGCUUCCUCUCUCUCUUCCUCUUUCGCCUGUCAACAGUUAUUUUAGACGAGCGAUUUUUGUGUGACUUUUUCGUGUGUUCGCUUUCGUUUUUUCGUUGUUCGGCUGCUCUUCGGUUUUUGUUGUUGCAGCUCCUUCAUUAAAAGAUAAGUAAGGCUUUAAAAAACAACAACAAAAACAAAGCGCGUGUGAGUGUGUAACUGCGUUUGCAUACAAAAAAAAAGCAAGAGUGUGCAACGGCAACAACAACUGCAGCAGCAACUUCAGCAACACCAACCUAACAGCCCAACAACAAUUUGAAAAACAACAUCAACGACAUUUGAAAGGGAAUUUUUUCUACUUGUUUUAGCGAAGCAAAGAUGUCCACGCCCACUUCCCCAAAAACGCCCACGCCGCCCACUUUGCCGCCGGGCGUGACCAAAACCUGUCACAUAGUAAAAAGGCCCGAUUUCGAUGGGUACGGCUUCAACCUUCACUCGGAGAAGGUGAAACCGGGUCAGUAUAUUGGCAAGGUGGACGCCGAUUCUCCGGCAGAGGGGGCUGGAUUGAAGGAGGGCGACCGCAUCCUGGAGGUCAACGGGGUGUCCAUUGGCAGCGAGACCCACAAACAGGUGGUGGCCAGGAUCAAGGCCAUUGCCAACGAGGUCCGCUUGCUCCUCAUCGAUGUGGAUGGCAAGGCCAUAGAGGUAAAGACGCCGUCGCCUCCGCCAGCUGCUGCCUGCAAUGGCAACGGAAGUGCUGCGAGCCAGAAUGGCUACGAGGGCACCAAGCAGGAGAUGCCAGGAGCCAGUGCCAACAUCAGUAGCAUCAGCAUGGUGAGCACCAAGCGAUCCUCGAAUGCCAGCAGCAUCCAGAGCGGCAGCACCAUGAACGCCUCCGACUUGGAUGUGGUCGACAGGGGCAUCCCGUCGGCGGCGGCAGCACCAGUGGUGGCCACUCCUCCUCCGCCCGUUCAAAAUGGCAGCAAGCCCUCGUCGCCGAUCAACAACAACACUCUGAUGAGCACGCCCCCACCGCCCUCGGCCACCAAGGCCGGGAUCAACAACAAUGGCAGUGUCUACAACACCAACACCAAUGGCAAUGGUACAAAUGGCACGACCACGCCCACGCCCACGCCCAUCACGCCGCCCCCUGCGAUGGGCGGCAAUCGGGCGGGCAGCUUGAACUUGCCCCUGACAGUCGCCGAAAUGCGCGCCAAGUUGGCCUCCAAGAAGAAGUACGAUCCCAAGAACGAGAGCGUGGACCUCAAGAAGAAGUUCGACAUCAUCCAGAAGCUCUGAGACGCAUUGGACGCCCCAAUCACCAUACUUGUUAUAAUGUCAGGAUGAGGAGCUAGAGCUGGUUUUGUCAGGCAUACACCACACAAUAUACAAUAUGUUUAGCAAUUAGUACGCAGAGUCACUUAUUAACUAAGCAAGUUUUUAAUUAUUACCCCCUAAGAGAGAAAGAGCGGCCAACGGGGAGGAUGGAGCACCUACCCUUGGACUAUCCAUACAUACGACAAACAUGUAUUCUUCAAAUUCAAAUAUGGCAAACUCCGAUUGGCAAUGUUGCCCCGGUUCAUUGAACAACUUUCGUUGAAUAUGUACUUAGUUUUGCUUGUAUUUUUGUAAAGUAAAUAAAGCAAAAUGAUAAAAGAAA